AUGGUACCAGCUCGACAUAGUUGGAUCUUUUCAUCGAAGCACCAUGGCACUGGAAUCCUAAACCUCUGCUGGUGGAAGUUAUUCUACUCAGGUGUCGACGUCACGAUCCGCGCUCAGGCCGGAGUUGGUGUUCUGGUAUCACUGAAUGGAAGCCUAUCACCGGAAUGUUGGGACGGAAAAUAUGAAUUCUUUCUUGGAGAAAUGGAGUGUGCUCUGUACGAAGUGCCGACUCCAGAGCCCCUCAUUGUAUUGGGCGAUUUAAAUGCGCAUGCCGGAGUAGACUCUGAAAAGUGGAACGGCGUGAUAGGAAAGAACGGCCCUCGUGACCUUGAAAAUCAGGUGAUGGAGGGAGCGAAGGAAAAGGAGGAAGAAGUAGUGAUUGCGGUAGAAGAAAUUAUUUAUAAUCGUAAAAAUAAAGGUGCUAACGACGUAAAGGAAAAGAUUGACAUGUUUCCGGAAGAUAAACUCAUGUUCUUUGUAACCGGGCAAUGA